UUGCCACCCCCCGCAAUUCCAUCAGACGCCACUGGGGGAGCGCGCCUCCUUUUCUGGAGUCAGUGAGGAGAAUUAUCAAAGCUCCGACCAAUCAGAACGCUCGGUUUCGCGUCUGGGAGUUGAGCGUUGUUGUUUUAGCUGUGUGUGUUUUUAAGAGACUGUGUCUGGCAUCUGACUGGAGCGAUGGCGAAAGAGGGCAAAGAAGGGAAGUCCAAACUGAAGAAAAACAAGAAGAAAGGCGCAAGCAAUGACCAUUCCAAUGGAGAUGUUCUACGUGGGAAAUCCGAUAAGGCCAAGGCCAAAACCACAGAGAAGUCUCAGCUGGGACAGAAGGGGACAAAGCAGCAGAAGGUGAAAACAGAAGAAGAGAGCACAGAGUUUGAAAUACCUGAAGACCCAAGGUUCCAGCUAAGUGUGAAGGAGGAGGCAGGUGAUAGUGACUUUGUAACAGAAAAGAAGGGGAAGAAAAGGAAAAGGAAGAGAGAGUCUGUUUCUGGUUCUUCUUCAGGACCUUCUGUGCCACAGAAGAAGAAGAGGGUGACAGAAGAGGACGAGGGAACCUCUGGUGCUGAAAAAAAGAAGACAAAAAAGAAAAAAGAAAAAGAGAAGAAGGUCAAAAAGGAAGAGGGUGAGAAGCCAGUCACAAAAAAGAAGAAAACAAAGGAAGAGAUUGAGGCUUCCAGAGCCCUUAAAAUCAAAAAGAAAGAGGAAGAGGAGCAACAGCGAUGGCGCUGGUGGGAGGAGGAGAAGUAUGAAGAUGGUGUCAAAUGGAAGUUUCUGGAACACAAAGGACCAUAUUUCCCGCCCGAAUAUCAGCCUCUUCCAGACAAUGUCAGGUUCUACUAUGAUGGUAAGGCUGUGAAGCUGAGUCUACAAGCUGAGGAGGUGGCUCUGUUCUUUGGCCAGAUGCUGGACCAUGAAUACACCACUAAAGAGGUGUUCCGCAACAAUUUCUUCAAAGACUGGAGGAAGGAGAUGACUCUGGAGGAGCGAAUGCUGAUCACUGACCUUAAUAAGUGUGACUUUGGAGAGCUCCAUACUAUGCAUAAGGAGAGGGUGGAGGUCAGGAAGAACAUGAGCAAGGAAGAGAAGCUUGUUAUUAAAGAAGCCAAUCAGAAGAUUGUUGAGGAGUAUGGCUUUUGCAUGUUGGACCACCACCGGGAGCGCAUUGGAAACUUCAAGAUUGAGCCUCCUGCGCUGUUCAGAGGCAGAGGAGAGCAUCCUAAGCAGGGUAUGCUGAAGAAGAGGAUCCAGCCGGAGGACGUCAUCAUCAACUGCAGCAAGGAUUCCUGUAUUCCACAGCCCCCUGCUGGUCACAAAUGGAAGGAGGUUCGGCAUGAUAACACGGUCACAUGGUUGGCUAGUUGGACUGAGAAUGUGCAGGGUUCCUGCAAAUACGUGAUGCUCAACGCAAACUCCAAACUCAAGGGGGAGAAAGACUGGGAGAAGUAUGAAGUGGCUCGCAAACUCAAAACCUGUGUGGAUGCCAUCCGAUCCCAGUACCAGGAAGACCUGAAGUCUAAACAGAUGGGCACUCGCCAGAGAGCCGUGGCGCUUUACUUCAUCGACAAGCUGGCUCUGAGAGCAGGUAAUGAAAAGGAAGAAGGAGAAACAGCCGAUACAGUGGGUUGCUGCUCUCUGCGAGUGGAACACAUCACUUUACACGACACGAUCGACGGAGAGAAGUGUGUGGUGGAGUUCGACUUCCUGGGUAAAGAUUGCAUCCGGUACUACAACAAGGUUCCUGUCUCUAAAAGGGUUUUUAAAAAUCUCAAGCUUUUCAUGGAAAACAAGCAGGAGGGGGAUGACCUGUUUGAUCGACUGAAUACAGCAACAUUGAAUAAACAUCUGAGUUCUCUCAUGCCUGGUCUGACUGCCAAGGUUUUUAGGACAUAUAACGCCUCCAUCACACUGCAGCAGCAGCUCAAAGAGCUCAGCAACCCAUCAGACAAUGUGCCUGAGAAGUUGCUCUCCUACAACCGGGCAAACCGUGCGGUUGCAGUUCUCUGUAACCAUCAGCGGGCGCCACCAAAAACCUUUGAGCAGUCUAUGGCAAACCUGCAGGCUAAGAUCGACAGCAGGAAAGAGCAGCUAGUGCUAGCCAAAAAAGAGCUGAAACAGGCAAAGAAAGAAGCUAAAGAGAGCUCUGACAACAAGCUACUUGUUCUGGUAGAAAAGAAGAAGAAAGCAGUGCAGCGCUGUGAGGAGCAGCUGCUGAAGAUGGAGGUUCAGGCAACAGACAGAGAAGAGAACAAGCAGAUCGCCCUGAGCACCUCCAAGCUAAACUACUUGGACCCACGCAUUAGCGUGGCCUGGUGUAAGAACUUGGAGGUGCCACUGGAUAAAAUCUACAACAAGUCCCUGAGAGAUAAAUUUGCUUGGGCCAUCGAUAUGACUGAAAUGGACUUUCAGUUCUGACCCCCUCACAUCACUUCUAUGUAGUUGAAAAUAGACUUUGAAAUUAAGUUCUUUUAUAAGCAAAUUUUAAAAUCAAGUUGUUGACUUGCAGUUGCAACUAUAAAUGUUUUAUAAAUGCUGUUGGCACUUUAACUGUUUUUUUACACAUAUAUAUAUCAAGUCUCUACUUUUCUAUGAAAGAUUUCAAUAAACGCAUGUGCAAAGGAA